AUGAUAAGAAAAGGUAUACUGAUCAUGGUCAUCGGACACCAAGGUCCGGCAGGAGAAGACAAGCACACAGGGCUUCCCAGGCCGUUAUCCAGCGAAAUCCCUGUUUCUAGACAGCCAACGGAUAUAGUUGUGAAAAUUCCAAAACCCUUACCACAAUUUCAGGCAGUACCGAAACAGCGAAUACAAUAUGUUGAGGUAAGAUAUAAAUUUAUAUCAUGA